GCUUCGCUCGGUGCAUUACUUUUUACACAUCGACAUGAGUCAGGAUUUCGACUGGUAUAUAAGCCCGGCGGAUCGGUUCGCGGCAGAGACACAAUUUGCGAAGUAUAGUGGAGAUGAGGACGAAGUGGCUCUUAACCAGCUGGAGCCGCUGUUUCAGCUCUCAAGACUUAGUGUAGAAGAGUUCUCGCAAAUAUGGCUCCGAUUUUACAGGCAAUUAAUAGAUAUCAGAAUGGCUCAGAAAAUAAAUAAAGAACAGUUCGUAUAUUUCGCUCAUGUUUUGAACACACGACGCAAGGGCAAGCCUCUACCAAUCGGCAUUCCGCUGGACAUGAAGGAAGCCUUCCUGAAAGAGCCCAAGGAAUCAAGCCGCCCGUACGUCCGAAACACUACGGACAACAUUAGAGAUCUGGGAGUUAAUAGAAAUAAGAGCGCAAAAGAGCUCGAAGAGGAGCUUGAGCAAGUGGAGGCUGAUAUCCGAUCUGCGCGGGGAGAAAGUUCUCUAGCGGCGGAACGGCUAGAAGAAUUGAAGCAAGCAAAGGAUGAGAGCGUCCAUCUUGCAGACUACAAACGACGUCAGUUGGCAGGGUUGCGGGAAGAAGUGUCGCAAUUGCGAAGCUCAUUGCAAGCUCCGGGGUCGGCUAGCAGCGGCGGGGGUGGACAGAGGAUGGAAGAACUUCUAAGCAAGUUAGCUGCAGAAAAGCAGCUAUUGGAAAACAGAAGAGCGGAAGUGCAACGUUCUCUAAACACAUUGUAAUUACAAUUUCGAAAUGGUUGUGGUGUGUAGGUAAUGACCGGUGAUUGGACUACGACAAAAUAUGAAGGAUCAAACGAUCGAAGUCAUGCUCCGAGUGCGUGCUCAUCAGAAUCCAAACUAUAUCCUCAUUCUAUCUCGUUUGCUCAGAAGGUGACACAAUUCAAUAAGGAUCUCAGCCGUUUCUUCAG